GAGUAACAACCCAUCAUGACCAAAGACGACUCAGCCGAGCUUCCCUCCGAGGAGGCGCGCCAGCCGCUGGAGUUCCAGAGCCCCGUCCUGGAGCGGAGGAAGAAACCCAUCGUCUAUCCCUCCGCCCCUGCACCCUUGCCCAAGGACUAUGCUUUCACUUUCUUUGACCCGAAUGAUCCGGCUUGCCAAGAAAUCCUCUAUGACCCAAAGACCACGGUCCCGGAGCUGUUUGCCAUCAUCCGUCAGUGGGUCCCCCAGGUGCAACAUAAGAUUGAUGUCAUAGGCAGUGAGAUCCUGAAGCGCGGUUGCCAUGUGAACGACCGGGAUGGCUUGACCGACAUGACGCUGCUUCAUUACGCCUGCAAAGCCGGGGCUCAUGGCGUUGGCGAUCCUGCUGCUGCCGUCCGCCUCUCCAAGCAGCUGCUGGCCCUGGGGGUGGACGUGACCCUGCGUAGCCGCUGGACCAACAUGAACGCGCUGCAUUAUGCCGCCUACUUCGACGUGCCUGAGCUCAUCCGCAUCCUGCUCAAAGAGUCCAAGCCCAAAGUGCUCAACUCGACCUGCAGCGACUUCAACCACGGCACGGCCCUGCACAUUGCUGCCUCCAACCUGUGCCUGGGGGCUGUGAAGUGUCUGCUGGAGCACGGAGCCAACCCUGCUGUCAGGAACAGCAAAGGGCAGGUGCCGGCCGAUGUGGUGCCCGACCCCAUGGACAUGACGCUGGACAAGGCCGAGGCCGCCAUGGUCGCCAAGGAGCUCAAGCAGCUGCUGCUGGACGCCGUCCCUCUGAGCUGCAACCUGCCCAAGGUCACGCUGCCCAACUACGACAACAUCCCCGGCAACCUGAUGCUCACCUCCCUGGGCCUCAAGCUGGGAGAGCGUGUGGUGGUGGACGGACAGAAGCUGGGCACCCUGCGUUUCUGCGGCACGACGGAGUUCGCGAGUGGCCAGUGGAUCGGGGUGGAGCUGGACGAGCCAGAGGGCAAGAAUGAUGGAAGCGUUGGAGGAAUACGCUACUUCAUUUGCCCUCCGAAGCAAGGGGUUUUUGCCUCUGUGUCUAAAAUCGCCAAAGCCACAGACCAGCUGCCAUCAUCGGUGACUUCCACCCCAAAAACCCCCCGCAUGGACUUCUCCCGCAUGACCGGGAAGGGCCGGAAGGACAAGAAAGCGCUCAGGAAGAAGUCUCCCUCUGUGGGCAGCCUGGACCGAGAAGGGCUGAAGAUCGAGAUCGGGGACCAGGUGCUGGUGGCGGGGCAGAAGCAGGGCAUCAUCCGGUUCUAUGGCAAGACGGACUUUGCGCCGGGUUACUGGUUCGGCAUCGAACUCGACAAGCCCACGGGGAAACACGAUGGCUCGGUCUUUGGGGUCCGGUAUUUCACCUGCUCCCCUAAACAUGGAGUCUUUGCCCCACCUUCCAGGGUCCAGAGGAUCGGCGGCCCCAAAGACUCCCAGGGAGAUAGCAGUUCAGUGAAGAAGGUGCACCAAGUCACUAUGUCACAGCCAAAGCGCAACUGCACAGCAGUCAGGACCCCAAAAGACAUCACGUCAGAAAACUCCAUCUCUAGAUUACUCUUCUGCUGCUGGUUCCCCUGGAUGCUGCGUGCAGAGAUGCAGUCCUAAGGCCUCGGCGCACGCCUCUCCCAUCCUCCGCUCUGUCCUCUGUUCUCCAACUAACCGAAA